GACACACCACGGCCCCGGGGCGGGCCCUGUCAGGGGCUGGGUGCGGCCCGCGCCGGCGCCGCCACCGCCGGUAGCGGGCCGGGCCGAGGGGCCCCGAUGUCUCCGCGAGCGGCCCCGCCGCGGUUCGGGCCGCUGCAGUUGGCACUGGCGGUGGCGGGGACGGCGGCGGCCACGCUGGACCUGUGCAUGGACGGGUGGGUGGCGGCGGAGUACGCGCGGCGCGGCCACCCCGGCUGGGCCGCGCUGUCGCUGUCGCUGCUCGCCGCCGCCUCCGCCGCCGCCCAGGCCUGCAGCUGGCUCUGGCUGCGCUCCGACCCGCCCGCCCUGCGCCCCGCCGUGCCCUUGGCGCUGCUCGCCGCCCUGCACCUCCUACAGCUCGGCUUUUUCUUUAGGUGCCUGCACGCCCUCAGGGUGGGCUGGAGGGUGUGCUGGGCAAAGGCGGAGGAGGAGGAGGAGCAGAGACACAUGGCCUUCCUCUCCCACGACAUCAGCAUGCUGCGUCUCUUCGAGACCUUCCUGGAGAACACCCCGCAGCUCACCCUGCUGCUCUACAUUAUCCUGCGGACAAACAAGGCUGAGCUCUCCCAGGGCCUGGGGAUGGGCACUGCGUUCCUGUGCGUGUCCUGGUCUCUGCUGGACUACCACCAGUCCCUGCGCUCCUUCCUGCAGGACAAGCACGAGCUGAGCCGCGGCUCUUCCCUCAUCUACUUCCUGUGGAAUCUCUUCCUCAUCUGUCCCCGGAUCCUGGCAGUGGCUCUCUUUGCCCUGCGCUGGCCCUACGGCGUGGCUGUCCACUUCCCACUCGUGUGGCUGGCCAUGUUCCUGUGGGUCAGCCUGCAGGGCACGGACUUCAUGGAGUCAUGGGGCCCCGAGCAGCUCUACCGGGCCAUGGUGGCCGUGAUCCUCUACUUCAGCUGGUUCAACGUGGCCCGGGGCAGGACGCUGUACCGCAGCAUCAUCUACCACAGCUUCAUCCUGGUGGACAGCACGCUGCUGGCCCUCGCCUGGCUCUGGGACCAGGCUCCCUCGGAGGAGCACUCCUACCUCAUCCCGGUGGUCUCCGCUGCCCUGCCCUGCUACCUGCUGGGGCUGGGGCUGAGGGUCACCUACUACAAGUGGCUGCACCCCAACGUGCAGGUGCAGCAGGAGGGCAGGUCCGACGAGGUGGAUGCCAGCGCAGGCAGUGAUGAGGCAGAGUUCCGCUCGUUUUUGAAACCGGACCUUGUGAACAGGAGGAUGCAGUGGCUGGCCCAGACCCACUUUGCCUUAUCCCAGCCCGCCCUGAAUGGGGCUGCUGCUGUGGAGUCUGCUGUCUGAGGGCAGCUCCUCUAAAGGGACAUGAGGGGGGAGGUAGACCUGCUGGUUGUGCCCCUCUUGUGCCCCCCAGGCUGUUGUUUUGGACAGCUGGAGGGACCUGGCAGAAACCAGGGGUGAUGUGGAAACACCCGAUGAGUCCCAUGGCACUCAAUGUGGCUCCCAUGGCUGUACCCUCAAGGAAAGCCACAGUGUUUGUGGUGAGUCUGGCACAUUGUGGCAUAUGCCUGCACUGCUGUGCCAGCUUUUCUUGUUAUUUAUUACUAGUUUUUUCAAAAACGAAAAAUGAAAACAAGAGCAAUGGUUUAUUUUCUCAGUGCCUCUCCUGUGCCUGCUGCUGUCAUUGCUGUGCAGGGAUAUGGGUGGUGGGGCAGGGAGAGUUGUUUCCUCCAUGGUUGUGGCUAUCUGACCUUUCUGUUCCCAGCUAGGAGUUUCCUCCUUGUGUGUUAGUUUUGGUGUUAAGGUCAAAGCUCACCUGUUAUCUCUGUGUUGAGGGAGGGAUGGGGAAGGAGCAGAUGUGUGCUGGGAGGAGCGGCUGCAGGGUGGCUCUGGCUUAUUAUGGACACCUCCUGCUCCCUUGGGUGGCAUUCCCAGCUGUCGAUGUCAGCAGUGGGGGCAGUGCUGUGCCAGCUCUGGGCACAGACACCCACCACUCCCCAGGUGGGGCUGCCUCCUCCCAGCUCAGUGCCCACACCAGGCAGGCCCCAGUGCAGCCGCUCCUUUUGCUGCUGCCCAGCUGGCAGCUGUGGCACAUCCUGGCUGCCCACAGCACUGACCUCUGACUCCUUCCCCUCACCUUCCUCACAUCCCUCCUAGCACCCAGCUCAGGAGGGAACUUUCAUACCAGGGAAAGCAUCUGGAUUCAGCUGGAGGAGCAGCUGAAAUGCUGUUUCACAGGUGCUCCUGUGAGCCCUGCCCAAGGCCAGCAGCACUGCAGCAGAGGGUAAGGGAGAGGUGUUGCUGUGUGCAUAAGAAAAUUGAAUGUUCAUCCAGGAAGCACCGUGUGCCUCCCCUGGGCACCUCAGCAGGGCCCAGGAGCAGGUCCCUGCCCCACAGACUCCCCAGGGCCAUGGGGGCUCUGGUGGCUGCACUGUGACCUGUGGCACCCUGAAUGCUCCUGGUUGCUGCCAGGCCUGGCUCGGUCACAGGGGCAGGGACUGACUGAGGGGCAGAGAACAGGCUGAAGCACUGACUAUAGAAAAUAAAGACUUUAUUAUUUUUUUCCAGUUCACAGGACAGUUCCCAUUACACACCAUGGACAGGCAAAGGCCCCACAGCCAGCAGCACCUGGGACUCACCCCACGUAGCACAGCAGAGGAGGUGCUGUGGGCUCCAGGGGUCCCACUGCUCCCCACCAGUGCCAGCACAGACACCACCCCAAAAGCUGUUGGAGGCAACAAAUACUAGUGGAUCGGGUGGUUUUUAAAGCCUCUGUGGCUGUGGUGAAGCUGAAGGGGAAGGCAGCAGCACCCAGGUGAGCUCAGGUGCUCUGAGCCUGCAGGCUGACUGUCCUUCAGGUGUUCAGGUUUGCUCUCCCAUUACCUCUGACCUGACUGUAGCUGAACUGGUGACAGAGACAAGAGAAAAUCAAUGCUUGGAUAGAGAUGCUGUUCUUGCCUCAAAAGAGACAGGAAAAGGCUUAAAUUCAGCCAGUAGAGGAAAAAAUAAAAUAGCCAGGUCACCCCUUUAUUAACAAACACAGAAAUGUACCAUCAACCUCCUGUUAUAAAAGUACUUUACAUACAUUCAAGGAAACAUCAUAUAAAUACCAGUAUGAAAUGUCAGUGGCUGCGAGUUCCACACUCAGCUAAAAUUUUACCAACAUCUUAAAAUUUCCUUAAAACAUUUGAAGUAAACAAACACAAAGCACAGCCAGCUGCCAGGCAGCUCAGGCCUGCAGGUCCAGCACCUGCUGCCAGUGCCUGGGCAAACCCAGCCCCUCUCCAGCACGGCUCUGCUCAGUGAAGCACGAGGGCUGCUCGGCCGUGCCGGUGGUGGGAGGUUAAGGCACAGGUUUGAAUCCCAAAGUUCAGCCAGCUGGAGUACGAGACGUGCUCCCAACAGGCUCCUGCACAGGCUGGGACAGCUCCCACACCUGCUGACAGCAGAGCUUUGGAUGGGCUGAGGGAUGUUCAGCAUCUGCACAGACUCUUCUGUGACUACAACUGAGUCUUGAUCCUCUGGUGACAUUUCCGACCAUGGGAGCAAUGAGGUUGCUCCUCACCACAGCUCUGGCACUCCACAGGGACCCCAGAGGAACUGGACUCUAUGGAUCUAGAAGGAAGGGAGCUGGAGCGGCCUCAGCUGCCUUGGAACAGGUGCAAACACACCUGAGCUCUCCAUUUGGUGUAGACAGAGAACAUCCCUGCAUCCUGCUCCCCUUUCCAAACGCACUGCUGAGCACUCCCAGCACAGCCUGUGUGCCCCCAGGGCAGCCAAACACCCUUCCCUCUGCUGACACCCACAGCAGACUCCUCAGAUUUCCCAUGGGAUGAGCAGUUGUGCUGCUGGCAGGCAGCAGCUCCCACACAGACAGCGUGCUCCUGCUGCAGAGCUCCUGGGGAAACACAGAGCCAGCCUCCACCUGGGAUCAGAGCAAAAGCCAACACCCAGCAAGGCGCUGAAUGGAAAACAGAUCACUCCUGACUCCAGUGACCACCCUGGAGAAAGAGAAUUGCCUUUGAUUCCAAUUUCAUUAAUCUAAAAAAAAAAAAAAAACCAAACCAAA